GGGAGCGCGGCGCCCCGCUGCCGUGGGCCGGUGUUAUUUUGUAGAAGUGGGUGUGCCAGGAGACGGCUCAACAGGUCCCGACACAUUGCUCGGGAAGCCGCGCCGCGCGAACGGGAAUUCGCCGCACGUAACGCUGUUCGCUGCUCUUCGAUCCCUCCGUGGGUCCGCGCGUGUCGCUCCGGCCGCGUCCGCCGCGCCGAGUGCCCGCCGCUGCCCGGGGACGUCGUCAGAUGGAGCGGAUCGGGCGCCUUCCCCUCGUGUGAGCGCGGCGGAGCCGAAGCGAACGGGCUGCGCUUGUGUCCGCGCUUCGAUAUUUCAUUAUCGUCGCGGUUUCCCCGCGGAGUCGUCGCGCGGCGUUUUCACGGUCCCCGAAUUUCGGGCGCUGUGUUUGGAUGUCGGGGCGGCUGUCGGCGUCGCGCGCGAGUUGGAAAAAGAGGGCGAGAGAUUCUCCCUUCGGCCGCGCUGAGGUUAUGCGACACGAUCCCAAACCCUCCCCCGGCCCCGAGCUGAGCUCGCUCCACUCGGCAGGGCCACCUUAACGCCGUGCGCCCGGAGCCGCGCUGCUGGCUGCGGCCCUCGCUUUGGCACGCGGGGCCGGGCGGGCGGUGCGGGGCCGGGAGCUGCGCUGUGUGCUGCGGGCCCGUGGCUGAGGGCGGCGGGGUUCGGGCGGAGGAGAGGCAGCGUGGGAAGUUCGGAUAAGAAUUUGCAGUUUUUCUCCAAAUAUUUACGCUCUGCGCUGGAAGUAAAUAGAGUAAACACAAACAGAUGAAACUGAGAUUUACUGUCGGUGCUAGAUGGAUUUGGAGGAUAGCCGCGAGCUUUUGAAGUGUUUGGAGCUGCUGAUGUUAAAAUCAUGGAUUCCAAAGAAUUGCUUAAGUCGUCAGAUCAAGACGAAACCGGGAAAAAUGUGCUCAUGAGUACCAAAGGAGGGAUCGUGAUGGACUUCCAUCCGCCCUUCAGGGGUGGAGCCUCCGCACAAGCCCCUGUAUCUGCAGCUCCUCUCCCCGUGUCUUCUCAGUCAGACUCUGCUCAGCAACCCGCUCUGGCUGACUUCUCUAAAGGAUUGGUAAACAAUGUGCCUCCGCCAGACCUGUCCAAGGCAGUGUCGCUCUCCAUGGGACUGUAUAUGGGUGAAACAGAUGCGAAAGUGAUGGGAAACGACCUUGGAUUUUCACAACAGGGCCAAACUGGCAUCCCUUCUGGAGAAACGGACUUCAGGCUCCUGGAGGAAAGCAUAGCAAGCUUGAACAAGUCCUCGAGCCUGGCAGAGGACACGAAGGGAGCAGUGUCAUCCGAGGCGCCGCUGGAGCCAGACUUUGCGGGCAUGGCUGGCCGCGGGCCCCUGGAGCCAGGGGCUUCGGUCCAAAGCCAGGUCGGCUCCAACGGCGGCAGCCUGAAGCUGUUCUCUGAAGACCAAAGCACCCUGGAUAUCCUCCAGGACUUAGAAUUGCCAUCGGUAUCGCCUGGCAAAGAGCCGAAUGGGAGCCCGUGGCGGCUGGACCCGUUGCUCGAUGAUGGAGGUUUGCUGUCCCCCAUCUCUGCUGAUGACACGUUCCUCCUGGAGGGAAACCUGGGGGAAGACUGCAAGCCCCCCAUUUUGUCUGACACUAAACCUAAAAUUAAUGACCGUGGUGACCUUUUACCCAGUUCCAAAAUGCCGAUGCCUCAAGUGAAAACAGAAAAGGAAGACUACAUUGAACUCUGUACUCCUGGCAUAAAGCAAGAAAACAUGGGCCCAAUUUACUGUCAGGCAAACUUCUCCGGGUCUAAUCUGCUGGGUGCUAAAGUCUCUGCCAUCUCUAUCCAUGGUGUCAGCACCUCUGGGGGACAGAUGUAUCACUAUGAUUUAAACACUGCAUCGCUCUCUCAGCAGCAGGAUCAGAAACCAAUUUUUAAUAUCAUUCCAUCUCUUCCUGCCAGUUCAGAAAAUUGGAAUAGGUGCCAGGGAUCAGGGGAUGAGGCUUUAGCUCCCUUGGGAACGCUCAACCUUUCUGGCAGACCUGCUUUCUCUAACGGCUAUUCAAGCCCUGGACUGAGAUCAGAUGUAAGCUCUUCUCCAUCCACAACCUCAGCGACUACGGGACCACCUCCCAAGCUCUGCCUCGUGUGCUCUGACGAGGCCUCUGGGUGUCAUUAUGGUGUUCUUACUUGUGGCAGCUGCAAAGUGUUCUUCAAAAGAGCUGUGGAAGGGCAGCACAACUAUCUCUGCGCUGGAAGGAACGACUGCAUUAUUGACAAAAUCCGGCGGAAGAACUGCCCGGCGUGCCGCUAUCGGAAAUGCCUCCAGGCGGGCAUGAACCUCGAAGCCCGCAAGACGAAGAAGAAGAUAAAAGGCAUCCAGCAGGCCACUGCCACGGGCACCAGGGAUGCCGCCGAAGCUGCUGGAAAUAAGAGCGUGGUUCCCGCGUCGCUGCCGCAGCUCACACCCACCCUGGUGUCGCUGCUGGAGGUGAUCGAGCCCGAGGUGCUGUACUCCGGCUACGACAGCACGCUGCCCGACUCCAGCUGGCGCAUCCUGUCAACCCUCAACAUGCUGGGAGGACGGCAAGUGGUAGCUGCGGUCAAGUGGGCGAAGGCAAUACCAGGUUUCAGAAACUUACACCUGGAUGACCAAAUGACCCUUCUGCAGUACUCCUGGAUGUUCCUAAUGGCUUUUGCUUUAGGAUGGAGAUCAUACAAACAAUCAAAUGGAAAUCUCCUUUGCUUUGCACCAGAUCUGAUUAUUAACGAGCAGAGAAUGAAUCUACCCUGUAUGUAUGAACAAUGCAAACAUAUGCUGAUGGUUGCCCGCGAGCUGUCACGGCUUCAAGUCUCAUAUGAAGAGUAUCUCUGCAUGAAAACAUUGCUUCUCCUCUCUACAAUUCCUAAGGAAGGCCUGAAGAGCCAGACUUUGUUUGAAGAAAUUCGCAUGACAUACAUAAAAGAGCUGGGAAAGGCCAUCGUGAAAAGAGAAGGGAACUCGAGCCAGAACUGGCAGCGGUUCUAUCAGCUGACGAAGCUGUUGGACUCUAUGCACGAUGUGGUUGAAAAUCUUCUGAGCUUUUGCUUCCAGACGUUUUUGGAUAAAUCCAUGAGUAUUGAGUUCCCAGAAAUGUUGGCAGAAAUCAUCAGCAACCAGAUACCAAAAUACUCAAAUGGAAAUAUAAAGAAGCUCUUAUUUCAUCAGAAGUGACUGCCUUAACACAAAGGGUUGCCUUAAGAAAACGUCAAAUGAUAGCUUUUUUCUUUUUUUCUUUUCUUUUUCUUUUUCUUUUUUUUUUUGUAAAGACAGAACCUACCAGACUUGUUCAUUUUGUCCUUGCAGCGGUGUUUCUUUUGUAAUUAUGCACUACAUGUGGUUUACAGAGGGCCAAGAUUUAGGCGAUAGAAGCAGCGGAUUCCUCACAUUUAAUACGUAACUGGGGAGAAAGGAAAGAAGAAUACAUUUUGCUUGCCAAAAAUUGUACUUCUCCCCCUGUGCGACACCAACGGAUGCAUCAAAACCACCGGUGACAAGAUCUGAGGCUGUGUUAGGAACAUUCUGCUCAUUAAUUUCUGCAGUCGGCUGGAAACAAUUUUAUUUUUUAGUAAUGCGUUUUGGAUUUUCUUUUUUUUUUUUUAAAGUUAAGGUAGCAUUUUGGUUUAUGCAUGUAACCUGAAGAAAGUUUACAAGUGUAUAUCAGAAAAGGGAAGUUGUGCCUUUUAUAGCUAUUACUGUCUGGUUUUAGCAAUUUCCUUUCACUUUAUAUACCGUGAACGAGGCUUGUUCAUUUUUUCUUACAUAAUUUUUUUGUAAUACUUCAAGAUGCCUAUUGUACAGCUGGUUUUUUAAGGCGGGGCAGCUCGUAGCUUUCCUAAAUGACCUCUAGAUGUUCAUCCUUGAGUAUAUUCGUGUGGAAAGGGGUUGGGUUUUCUAACCUGAUAGCUUUCAACUGUCGAGGCGACCGUAAAAUUUGGCAUUUUUUAAGGGCCAGGGUGGGUGGGAGAACACUCUCAAAUCUAAUUUCAGUAGAUGUGAAUGAAACAAAUACUUUUGGUAUAAUGUACAAAAGCGUUGGAUAUGCAGAUUCAUAGCGAAUUAACACAGUCCUAACUGGAUGUAAACGAGCAGGUUAUUUUAUAUAUUAUAAAAACAAAAAGCCUGAUUUUUGCAUAUAAUGCAACAGCCAUAACUACGAGAGUCACGGGCUGCGUUGAUGCCAAGAAGAUCAGUCCUGACCGCCCAUCAGGAAACCUUCAGGAAAAUAUGCAUAGCUUCAGAAAAGUUUACUUCUGCGCGGAGGACCUCGCGCGUUCCGCGCCCCGACCCCAGCGCCGCGCAGGACCCGCGGGAGGGCGGCCGUGGGGCAGAGCAGAGGCCGCCCCUCCCUGCGCCCGGCGCUUCGGCUCCGCUCUUCUGUGCCGCCGGGCUCCGGGCGCGCGGCCCCGGGGCCACGUCGGAGAUGUUGGCUCCGCUGGCGCCGCCCGCACCUCGCACGCAGCGGCCGCAACCCGCGCGGCGCCGCCGCCUCUCGCCUCUGCUUCGCCCUUCUCCUCGGGAGCAGGAGAGCUCCGCUGCCGGCUUCGUGGUCCCGCAGGUGUACGUCCGCCCUUGUCUGUGUACGGCUGCGUCCCUUCCUAUCGAGUGACUAGCGUGCCAUAAAUCUGCCAUAGGUCUCGUGAAUCUCUCCUCGUUGCCAUGGGUAGCUGUAUUUUGAGACGUUUAGAAGCUGUAGUAGCCUUUUCUACCUGCACCUUAACGAUUUUCUGUAUCUCGAAAUUGAAAUACUUACCAAGCCACUCUAAAAUUUGAUUUGUACUGAAAGUGGCCCGAUUAUUUGUGUAAUAGCAACGAGAAAAAUCAUCUGGGAAGAUACAAAACCUAAUAUAUUUUUGUAUUUAGUUAUAGUUUCCAGUAUGUAUAAUCGGUAUAUUCGCUGAUCUGAGAAAAGAAGGGAAGGGCUACUGCAGCUUUAAAAGCAAUUUAUUAAUGACUGUAAAAUAGCUUGUAUAGUGUAUAAUAAGGAUGAUUUUUAGAUGACAGAUUGCUUUAUCAUGAUACAUGUAAUUAUAUUUUUUGUAGGGGUCACGGAUGUGCUGAAUGGUAACCCGUGCCAGCCGUGCUUUGUCUGGAGGUAGUGCUGAAGGCACUGACAUUCAGCAUCCAAAGAAGUACUCUGUCAGAAAGAAACAAAAAACAAACCUGUGUUCAGUGGCUGUUUCUGAGGUUGAAUUUGCAUUUCUCCAAUCACUGUGUCAGAGCGCAAGUCGGACCUUGGGCGGAACGCUCCCCUCCGCGCCUCCGCCUGAGCGGAUGGGCUCCCUUCGUAGACAGCCGCGCGCCGCAGCGAGAGCAGCUGGAAACAUUGGGCAAUAAUAUGCAUAAGGUACCAGCAAUAUGUAAAUACAGAGCGUAGGUUGUUCACAACACACCAGUACCUUUCUGCCGUUCAGCAGAAGCUCGUUUCCGAGCGAGAUAGGAAACUCGAUUUUCAUCCUUUCUUAAACCUUUUUGAAUGUUAUACCUAUGAAAGAAAAAGAUGCUAUAUUCAGUACUUUGGAGUAAAAUAUCAUCUUUAAUAAAAAACAAAAAUUCUUCU